GCAGGAGGCGCGCGAGGCGCCACGGCCCGGCGGCCGAGAGUCAGGGAGGAACCUUAUUUACAUAACGGCCGCCCCUCUGUCUCCUGGCAGGGACCGGAGUCCCGCCCCUCGUCCAACUUGAAAUCUGUUGGGCCAUGGGCCAGUCACUCCGACCUAGGCAAGCCUGUGGUGGAGCUGGAAGAGUUUGUGAGGGCGGUCCCAGGAGCGGAUUGGGUCUGGGAGUUCCCAGAGGCGGCUAUAAGAGCUGGGAACUGGGCGCGGGGAACUGAGUUGCUGGUAGUGCCCGUGGUGGUUGGUGCGAGGUGACCGUUAGUUGACUCCACGGAGUUCAUCUCCCUGGUUUUCGCGUCCUAACGUCGCUCGCCUUUCAGUCAAGAUGUCUGCCCGUGGCCCGGCUAUCGGCAUCGACCUGGGCACCACCUACUCGUGCGUGGGGGUCUUCCAACAUGGCAAGGUGGAGAUCAUCGCCAACGACCAGGGCAACCGCACCACCCCCAGCUACGUGGCCUUCACAGACACCGAGCGCCUCAUCGGCGACGCCGCCAAGAACCAGGUGGCCAUGAACCCCACCAACACCAUCUUCGACGCCAAGAGGCUGAUUGGACGGAAGUUCGAGGAUGCCACAGUGCAGUCGGACAUGAAACACUGGCCGUUCCGGGUGGUGAGCGAGGGAGGCAAGCCCAAAGUGCAAGUGGAGUACAAGGGGGAGACCAAGACCUUCUUCCCGGAGGAGAUAUCCUCCAUGGUUCUCACGAAGAUGAAGGAGAUCGCGGAAGCCUACCUGGGGGGCAAGGUACACAGCGCGGUCAUAACGGUCCCGGCCUAUUUCAACGACUCGCAGCGCCAGGCCACCAAGGACGCGGGCACUAUCACGGGGCUCAAUGUGCUGCGCAUCAUCAACGAGCCCACGGCGGCGGCCAUCGCCUACGGCCUGGACAAGAAGGGCUGCGCAGGCGGCGAGAAGAACGUGCUCAUCUUUGACCUGGGCGGUGGCACUUUCGACGUGUCCAUCCUGACCAUCGAGGAUGGCAUCUUCGAGGUGAAGUCCACGGCCGGCGACACCCACCUGGGCGGUGAGGACUUCGACAACCGCAUGGUGAGCCACCUGGCGGAGGAGUUCAAGCGCAAGCACAAGAAGGACAUUGGGCCCAACAAGCGCGCCGUGAGGCGGCUGCGCACUGCCUGCGAGCGUGCCAAGCGCACCCUGAGCUCGUCCACGCAGGCGAGCAUCGAGAUCGACUCGCUCUACGAGGGCGUGGACUUCUAUACGUCCAUCACCCGCGCCCGCUUCGAGGAGCUCAAUGCCGACCUCUUUCGCGGGACCCUGGAGCCGGUGGAGAAGGCGCUGCGCGACGCCAAGCUGGACAAGGGCCAGAUCCAGGAGAUCGUGCUGGUGGGCGGCUCCACUCGUAUCCCCAAGAUCCAGAAGCUGCUGCAGGAUUUCUUCAACGGCAAGGAGCUGAACAAGAGCAUCAACCCCGACGAGGCGGUGGCCUAUGGCGCCGCGGUGCAGGCGGCCAUCCUCAUCGGCGACAAAUCGGAGAAUGUGCAGGACCUGCUGCUGCUAGACGUGACCCCGUUGUCGCUGGGCAUCGAGACAGCUGGCGGUGUCAUGACCCCACUCAUCAAGAGGAACACCACGAUCCCCACCAAGCAGACGCAGACCUUCACCACCUACUCGGACAACCAGAGCAGCGUGCUGGUGCAGGUAUACGAGGGCGAACGGGCCAUGACCAAGGACAAUAACCUGCUGGGCAAGUUCGACCUGACCGGGAUUCCCCCUGCGCCUCGCGGGGUCCCCCAGAUCGAGGUUACCUUCGACAUUGACGCCAAUGGCAUCCUUAACGUUACUGCCGCCGACAAGAGCACCGGUAAGGAAAACAAAAUCACCAUCACCAACGACAAAGGUCGUCUGAGCAAGGACGACAUUGACCGGAUGGUGCAGGAGGCGGAGCGGUACAAAUCGGAAGAUGAGGCGAAUCGCGACCGAGUCGCGGCCAAAAACGCCCUGGAGUCCUAUACCUACAACAUCAAGCAGACGGUGGAAGACGAGAAACUGAGGGGCAAGAUUAGCGAACAGGACAAAAACAAGAUCCUCGACAAGUGUCAGGAGGUGAUCAACUGGCUCGACCGAAACCAGAUGGCAGAGAAAGAUGAGUAUGAACACAAGCAGAAAGAGCUCGAAAGAGUUUGCAACCCCAUCAUCAGCAAACUUUACCAAGGCGGUCCUGGCGGCGGUGGCGGCGGCGGCGGUUCAGGAGCCUCCGGGGGACCCACCAUCGAAGAAGUGGACUAAGCUUGCACUCGUCAGCGUAAACCUCUUUGCCUUUCUCUCUCGCUUUUUGUUUGUUUGUUUGUUUCUUUGAAAUGUCCUUGUGCCAAGUACGAGAUCUAUUGUUGGAAGUCUUUGGCAUAUGCAAAUGAAAGGAGAGGUGCAACAACUUAGUUUAAUUAUAAAAGGUUAGUUCCAAAGUUUGUUUUUUAAAAACAUUAUUUGAGGUUUCUCUUUAAUGCAUUUUGCGUGUUUGCUGACUUGAGCAUUUUUGAUUAGUUCGUGCAUGGAGAUUUGUUUGAGAUGAGAAACCUGAAGUUUGCACACCUGUUCUAUAGAAGCUUGGAAACAAUAAAAUGUAUAGGAGCUUAAAAUUGUUUAUUUUUAUGUGCUACUUUAAAACUAAACUGAACAUUGCAGUAAUGUUAAGGACAGGUAUACUUUUUGCAAACAAAUUCAUAAAGGCAAAUGUAAAGUAAAGCUGAAAUUGAUCUCAAA